AUGAGAGAUUUUAAACGAAUGAAGGAAGAUGCUCCUCCUGGAGUAUCAGCUUCUCCAUUACCUGAUAAUGUUAUGGUGUGGAACGCCAUGAUUAUAGGCCCUGCGGAUACACCGUACGAAGACGGUACUUUCAGGCUGUUGCUAGAGUUUGACGAAGAAUACCCAAACAAACCUCCACAUGUCAAGUUUUUGAGCGAAAUGUUUCACCCUAAUGUGUACGGAAACGGAGAGAUAUGCCUAGAUAUUUUACAGAACCGAUGGACCCCUACCUACGACGUUGCCUCGGUAUUGACAUCUAUUCAAAGUUUAUUCAACGAUCCGAACCCAGCUUCCCCUGCUAAUGUGGAAGCCGCGACGCUUUUCAAAAACCAAAAGCCUUUGUACAUUAAAAGAGUCAAGGAGACCGUCGAGAAGUCUUGGGAAGAUGAUCUGGACGAUAUGGAGGACGAUGAAGAAGACGAGGAUGAUGACGAAUGA